GCAUCGUCGCCGCAGAGAUCACCGAUCGUCGUUCCCACCAAGGUGUCGCCGGCGAGCCCCGACGAUGGGUGGAGGGCUGUGUGUAGUGGAGGUUGUGGUUUUGCUCUAGCUCUCUCAGGUAGGAACAGAAACGAAACAGUCGCAAGAAUGCAGAUGGAAUGAAGAUGGGUAUGCAGCCGCUUGAGUGAUUUUGCAGAUGCCAGAGCUUAUCUUCUUCAGUAAAAAACAAUAAAAUUCUAACUUUGUGUUGUGGCUUUUGUUGUUUCUUCCUUUGAUGGAUCCUAACACAACAGAGAGUGGAAAAUUGCAUACUUGGGGCUCGACUGAUGAUCUUGGGCAGUGUUACCACAUUUCCGGAAAACACCAGGAGCAUCCGGAACCUUUCCCAUUACAAACACCGCCAGCGAUUUUUGCAGCUGCAGGCUGGGCCCAUUGCGCUGUUGUGACAGAGACUGGCGAAGUGUAUACGUGGGGAUGGAAGGAAUGCGUUCCAAGUGACAAAAACUGUGUGGAGCAGGGUGUUUCGGGAGAUCCUUACGACUAUCAAGGACGAACCGAAGAGUUAAAACACGUGGAACCCGACUUGGACUCGAGUCCCGGGCACUCCCCAGAGGCGCGUCGUAGGCUGAAACGGGCUGGACCCGACCACAAUUCUCCAGAGAAACACCGACUAGGAUCAAGCAGUAGCAGAGUACAGAGUCCUCGCAGUGCUCUAAAGGUCAAUGACAAAGUUGAUUCCAGCAAGAAACGCAAAGUCAGCACGGAUGAAGCUGGCUCUCCUGACAGUCCUGGAGCUGGUGUCGACGAAGCGGUGGUAGCACCUCUGUGCUGUGUUCCAAUGCCUGCCAAAGUUAUUCUUGUCGCAACGGGAGGGCGACAUACUUUGGCACUUACAGACACUGGCCAGGUAUGGAGCUGGGGAUAUGGAGGCGAAGGUCAGCUGGGCCUGGGUACUCGCAUGCGCACGGUCUCGUCACCGCAGCCAAUACCGCUGGAGCCGUCAACUUACUGGCUGAGAAAAGGCAACAGGGCUGGUGCAGUAAAGCCACCGGGUAGUUAUAUAGUUGGAAUUGCUUGUGGUGGGCGACACAGUGCAAUCUUAACAGAUGGUGGAGCUGUUCUGACUUUCGGAUGGGGACUCUACGGCCAGUGUGGGCAAGGCAGCACAGAAGACGAGCUCAGCCCAAACUACGUGUCUUCUCUUGGUGGUCUCCACGUUACAGCGAUCGCAUCUGGGCUUUGGCACACACUGUGCAUCACAGAUACUGGGGAGGUGUACGCUUUUGGUGGGAAUCAGUUCGGACAACUCGGCGUUGGGGGCGAUCACUCGGAGACGCUCCCUAAGCUUGUAGAGGCCGCGGUGCUGGAGGACGAGUGCGCAAAGUCAGUGUCCUGCGGUGCUCGACACAGCGCAAUAACCACAGAAAAGGGGAAGGUUUUUUGCUGGGGAUGGAACAAGUAUGGCCAGCUAGGACUUGGCGACACGGGCGACCGUGAUACUCCUCAUGAAGUUCCGCUCGAGCACCGGGCAGUAAACGUAGCGUGUGGGUGGUGGCAUACUCUCGCGCUCACAGACCAACCGUGAUCGAUCAAGGAGUGUUUAGCUUGAUUGUAAGAUAUUGUUACCAGUGUUGACCCUUUUAGGCCAGUCAAACCUGGUAAAAAGUGUUUCAUUUCUUACUUAUUUAAUUGACUGGCAUUGAGUUUUAA